GCCUUUCUUCCUCGUUAUCGGAUUUGGCAUAGCCUAGGGUUCUCUAUUUACCCUUCACAUUCGCUUUAUUUACACUUCCAUCCCCUUCAAUCUUCCUCCUCACUCCUCACCUCCACCGUUAUUCAUCUUCCCACCACUAUUUUAUAUGGUAUGUGAACAAAUCUUGUGUAGUUUAGCUACUAUCGCUCUUCAUUUUCAGCCUAUAGAUCUUCGUGGCACUGCAAAAUCGAAGCUUUAAGCUGGAUUGACUCGAAUUCGCGGCCCGAUUUGGUGUCGGGAUUUAGGUGAAUUGGAGAGGAAAGAAGAAUGGGUUGCCUUUAAAUAAAUAGCUGCAGUUGUUAGGGUGUCUAGGUGGUUAUGGAUGAGCAGGCAUUGACAACAUUAACAGAGGAAACUGUAACGGUAACCGGUUUGGAUGAGGAUCAUAUACUGGAAAUAGGACCUAAUUCGGAUGCUUUGAUACUAGAGCAGCCUCUAACAAUCGGACAAGAAUUUCCGGAUGUUAAUACCUGUAGAAGGGCGUUGAAGGAUAUAGCGAUAGCGUCACAUUUUGAAAUGAGGAUAGUGAAGUCGGACAGGAGUAGAUUUAUAGCAAAGUGCUCGAAAGAGGGGUGUCCGUGGCGCAUCCAUGUGGCAAAGUGCCCGGGAGUUCAUACGUUUACUGUUAGGACUCUUCAUAGUGAGCACACGUGUGAAGGGGUUCAAAAUCUCCAUCAUCAACAGGCUUCGGUUGGUUGGGUUGCAAGGUCUGUUGAAGCGCGAGUGAGGGAUAAUCCACAGUAUAAACCGAAUGAGAUUUUGCAAGACAUUCGAAACCAGCAUGGGGUUGCUGUGUCUUAUAUGCAAGCGUGGAGAGGAAAGGAGCGCAGCAUGGCAGCUUUACACGGGACUUUUGAAGAAGGCUAUAGGUUUCUUCCAGCGUAUUGUGAACAGAUAAGGAAGACAAAUCCAGGAAGCAUUGCUUCAGUUGUUGCUACUGGCCAGGAUAAUAGUUUCCAGCGGCUUUUUGUCUCCUACAGAGCAGCAAUUUAUGGGUUUAUCAAUGCUUGUCGGCCACUUUUGGAACUUGAUAGAGCACACCUAAAAGGAAAGUAUUUAGGUACAUUACUAUGUGCUGCAGCUGUUGAUGCUGAUGACACGUUGUUCCCAUUGGCAAUUGCUGUUGUUGAUGGCGAAAGUGACGAGAAUUGGAUGUGGUUUAUGUCCGAAUUGCGCAAGCUUCUUGGUGUGAAUACGGACAACAUGCCGAGACUUACAAUACUCUCCGAGAGAACAAUGGGUAUGAUAGAGGCCGUGGAGACUCAUUUUCCUAGUGCAUUUCAUGGUUUUUGCUUGCGUUACAUCAGCGAGAAUUUCAGGGACACAUUUAAGAACUCAAAUUUGGUCAAUAUAUUUUGGAAUGCUGUUUAUGCACUCACAGGUGCUGAAUUUGAGAGCAAAGUGACCGAGAUGGUGGAUAUUUCGCAAGAUGUCCUUACAUGGUUUCACCAUUUUAACCCCCAACUCUGGGCUGUGGCAUACUUUGAGGGGGUACGUUAUGGCCAUUUCUCACUAGGAGUAACCGAACUGUUGUAUAACUGGGCCCUGGAGUGUCACGAGCUUCCUAUUGUACAGAUGAUGGAGCACAUCCGGCAGCAGAUGGUGUCGUGGUUUAAUGAACGACGAAAUAAGGGAAUCAGGUGGACUUCAAUUCUCGUACCAUCUGCUGAAAAGAGGAUGGGAGAAGCCAUAGCUGAUGCUCGUUGCUAUAAAGUCCUUCGUGCGAAUGAAAUUGAAUUUGAGAUUGUAUCAACUGAAAGGACAAAUAUCGUGGACAUACGAAGUCGAGUGUGCUCGUGUCGUCGUUGGCAACUCUAUGGUCUCCCAUGUGCGCAUGCUGCUGCUGCGCUCAUCUCUUGUGGACAGAACACUCAUCUCUUUGUAGAGCCUUGCUUCACAGUACACAGCUAUCGUGAAACCUAUUCUCAGAUAAUAUAUCCUAUUCCCGAUAGAAGCCUAUGGAAUGAACCCGGUGAGGGAGCAGAAGGUGGAAGUGCCAAAGUUGACAUUACAAUUAGGCCACCAAAAACUCGAAGGCCCCCUGGUAGGCCUAAAAAGAAGGUUCUCCGCAUAGAAAGUUUAAAACGCCCAAAGAGAGUUGUUCAGUGUGGUCGCUGCCAUAUGUUAGGCCAUUCUCAGAAAAAAUGCACAUUGCCAAGUUGAUCUUUUGCUUAAUUGUCAAUUUUUUGGGGGGGGAGGGGGGGUCCAAAUUUUAUCACUCUGAAACUACCAUAGAAGUUACUCAUGUACUGCUAGCUUGAUGCAUCUUCUUGUAGUUGAGGACAAGCCUAAGACAAUUCCUUGGGCUUUUUGACCAUGGUCCACCUCUUCUUUGCAUAUAUGGUUGCACCAUGUUGUAUUUCUUGUGUACCUUGUACUUUACUACUGUAAAACUAAUUGUUGUUUAAUAACAUAGUAUUUGCUGGCUGCUUCAGAUA